AUGUUGAUCUUGGAUCCCAAGAAAAGGUAUCUAAUGCCAGAUGUUGUCAAUGAUCCAUUCAUGCAAUCUAUAAAAAACUGUACUGUUAUAAAUCUACAUCAACCUGAUGAACAAUCCGUUCCUGGUGAUGACCAUCAACAUCAUUUGGUUUCAGAACAAGAUUUGAAGAAAAUAUCCCAGGAAAAAGAUCGAGUAAAGAGAUUGAAAGAAGCAGGAAUUGCUUGA